CCAGCGGGAUCUGAGGGUUCACCUGAAGGUCCGGGCGCGCGCGCCGCCGGCCCUCCAGGCCUGUGCCGCGGACCCGGAUGCUUAAACCGUGCGCGGGUGGUUAGAGUCUCGGUGCGCCAGGUCCUACUUCUGCGGUCUCCAGCCAGCCAGGCGCACGUACUGCGACACCGAGGCCUCUGAGAAGUCAAUGUGAUUUUAACUGGAAGCAAAACUGAGCAAUGGGAGCCUUUUUCUUAUUCAUUCAAACUGCUUUUUGAUGACCAAUACAACUUUGCAUUAGCACUGAACAAGAUUUGUGAUGAAAUGGAGCCUGGAACAAACUCUUUUCGAGUAGAAUUUCCUGAUUUUUCCAGCACCAUUUUGCAGAAACUGAACCAGCAGCGCCAGCAAGGACAAUUAUGUGAUGUCUCCAUUGUUGUGCAAGGCCACAUUUUCCGGGCACACAAAGCUGUUCUUGCUGCCAGUUCGCCCUACUUUUGUGACCAGGUGCUCCUGAAAAACAGCAGGAGGAUUGUUUUGCCUGACGUGAUGAACCCAAGAGUGUUUGAGAACAUUCUCCUGUCUAGUUACACGGGACGUCUCGUAAUGCCCGCUCCAGAAAUUGUUAGUUACUUAACAGCAGCGAGCUUCCUCCAGAUGUGGCAUGUGGUAGACAAAUGCACAGAGGUUUUAGAGGGAAACCCUACAGUCCUUUGUCAAAAGCUAAAUCAUAGCAGUGACCACCAGUCUCCAAGCAGCAGCAGUUACAAUGGCCUGGUAGAGAGCUUUGAGUUGGGCACUGGGAGCCACGCCGACUUCCCCAAAUCCCAAGAACUGAGGGAUGGAGAGAACGAAGAGGAGAGCACCAAAGACGAGCUGUCAUCUCAGCUCACUGAGCAUGAAUACCUUCCCAGCAACUCGUCCACAGAGCAUGACCGGCUGAGCACUGAAAUGGCAAGCCAGGACGGGGAGGAGGGGGCCAGUGACAGUGCCGAGUUCCACUACACCCGACCUCUGUACAGCAAGCCCAGCAUCAUGGCUCACAAACGCUGGAUCCACGUGAAGCCCGAGCGCUUUGAACAGGCCUGCGAGGGCAUGGACGUGCACGCGCCCUACGACGAGCACCAGGUCACCGAGUCCAUCAAUACCAUGCAGACAGAGCACUCGGUCCAGCCCUCGGGAGUGGAGGAAGACUUCCACAUCGUGGAAAAAAAAGUGGAAGCGGAGUUUGAUGAACAGGCCGAUGAAAGCAAUUAUGACGAGCAGGUGGAUUUCUAUGGCUCUUCCAUGGAGGAGUUUUCUGGAGAGAGGUCGGAGGGAACUCUAGUUGGGCACAGACAGGAGGCUGCCCUGGCAGCAGGCUACAGUGAGAAUAUUGAAAUGGUAACAGGGAUUAAAGAAGAAGCUUCCCACUUAGGAUUCUCAGCCACCGACAAGCUGUAUCCUUGUCAGUGUGGGAAAAGUUUCACUCACAAGAGUCAGAGAGAUCGACACAUGAGCAUGCACCUUGGUCUCCGGCCAUAUGGCUGUGGUGUCUGUGGUAAGAAAUUCAAAAUGAAGCAUCAUCUUGUGGGCCACAUGAAAAUUCACACAGGCAUCAAGCCGUAUGAGUGUAAUAUCUGUGCAAAGAGAUUCAUGUGGAGGGACAGUUUCCACAGGCAUGUGACUUCUUGUACCAAGUCUUAUGAAGCUGCAAAGGCUGAACAGAAUACGACUGAGGCUAACUAAAAAUAGUAUCCGGCCCUUGAGUGGCAGGCACAAAAAUAAACGAUGGUAAUUAUGCAAAUCUGGGCACAGAUGAUGUGUGCUACUUGCUAUUAUGAGAGAAGCUUAAAAAAAAAUGGGAGAUAUUUCUGAAAGACCAGUUCUAAGUAGGCCAAUUAAAAAACCUAAUUCCUCAGAUUGGUAUGUUACAGUGCAGGCCGCAGUAGGUAAUGGGGGUAAGUUAACCCACCUCCUAGCUGGCCAGGUACACCUUUAGGCCUGUUGUGAUGAGGCAGGUGGACUGGUGAUAGAGAUGCCUGCACUUGGAACUGGACUCUGGCCAGCCCACCAGUUCCGCUUCCGGUGGUAGCAGUUUUCGAUCACUCAUUAUUACAAGGCCAUGUUGGAAUUUUAUUUUGCUCUUACUAUAGAUACUUAGGUAAUGUGGAUUUGUUUUGGUAGCUGCUUUACUAAAUGACAUGCUACUUUACAUAAAAGCUAGAAAUAAUGUGAUUCCUAGGAUGCAAAACUGAUUAACAGAGCUCUCGUCUGGUUUUAUUCUUUCUAAAAAGACAUUUCAACAAAACUAUGGAGAUAUUAAGGGGCUGACAGGCUAAAGUAGGAAACAACUUACGGUACAAGCUUCAGGUUCUGUAAGACACCCAGUCGCAGUGUGUUUCAGACUCUUGUUAAGGCCAAGUUUUGUGUUUUAGUGCUAACUCUUAGUUUGAACAGUUGGAUCUAAUUGUAAUUCUCUCAUGUUCCCGGGAUGGGUAUUUCUGAUUGGUUUGCUGUCCCAAAUCCUUUCUGUUUGUAGCAUCCACACUGUGGGAUCUGCUCUAUGGCUAGUAGACGUCUAGCCUGCUGGGACUGACCCCAGGACCAUUGGCUGCUGUAGCCAUUUUGCUCUAUCUUAGAUUCUGGUGCUUCCCAAAGAGGUCAGUCAGUGACCACAGUUAGUGGGAAGGAGCCAAAAGUCACGCCUAAGAAUUACCGGUGAACUUCAGGAGUUAGUAGAGUGCUCCAACUGUCAGAAUGAAGAGUUGCUGACUAGAGAAUUUUGAGUGGCAGGUUAUAAUGGAGAGGGGAGAAACUGCACAAGAAAAGAGGAGUUGUGGAAAUACUCUGGUAGGGGGAUAUUUAUUCUCUUAGAGGGGCACACUGAGCUAAUACUGCCACUUCUUUCAGGAGCUCUGGAAUGUGUUUUAAAAGGAGGGAAAGGAAGCGUCCUAAUUUUAGAAGGUAGUCUACAGAUUCAUGCUCCCAAAUCACAGAUAAAGCUGCAUAAAUUUACAAGUCCACAUAGCUGUACCUACUAAAAACAAUAAGCUAAGCAGCUAUUCUGAGGCCUCUUCCUCCAAUCAGUCAGGUGUUUCAGGGUAAGAGCAGCAUCUGUCCAGGAGGCUUUUACGCUGUGUAGUGCGCCUGAAGCUGUCACUGGAGCCGGCAGGGUGCUACUCUGUGUCAUCUUUUCCAUAGGCUUACUGGUCUGUUACUUCCAAGUGGAAACUUUUUUCCUGAAAAUAAAAAUAACUUUUCUUGGAUUUGGAAUGAAACUUUGUUUCAAAAGUUUGGUUUUUCUCUAGUGUGAUAGACAUUGCGGGCAAUGGCCGCUGGUCCUUAAGCUCCUGCACCAGGUGUUUACUCGAUGAAUGUUGUCUGGAAGGGGAUCAAGGUGACAAAACAGGGAUCUACUCAUGAACACUGUAUCAUUCUCGAUAUAUAAAAAGCACUUUGUAUUUAAAACUUUAUUAUAAAUAUAUAUAUAUUGACUUUUUAACUUAGAAACUAGAUAUUACCUCUUGGUUGUUUGCCACAUCAAUAGCCUCUUCUCUUAGUGUCGAAAUUUUACCGUUGACAGUCCUUCCUCCGAGUGCCGGACAGAGUGGCCGUAGUCAAGCUCACUGGCUCCUUUUCUUUUUCUCAUAUUAGAAGCCAGUGGGUUUUAGAUGUGAUCCUAGCCAUUAUGUGUGAGGAGAAAUCCUUUUAUUACUCCUAAUUUUAGUGCUAAGGCAGUGAAGCCAUUUUGUUCUGCCAGAAACUGAUUACCCUCUUCCAUGGUGUUAGCAAACCAUUUUUUGCCUGUUUGGAAGGUGUGACAUCCUGUUUCCCAUUACAGAUUAUAUUCAAAUGAGCAUUGGGACAUUUGAGAAGGGUCCCAGAGGUAAAGUUUAAAUAUUCUGCAAAAAUUUUGGCCCUCAGUCAAGCCGAAACCAGCCAGCACCCUCAUCGUGACGAAGUGCUCUCCUUCAGCCCCGAGUGGGGCGCAGCUCCUGGCCGGUGGUUUCGGGAGCGGUCGGCUCUGCUGGAACGCACUUCAUGUGCUGUGAAAGCAGAUGUGUCUUUUGUGGAAGUCCUCACGUGCGCAUCAUCUACUAAGUGUGGAAUUUAAAGUCUUAAGUUCCUCACAUCUGCAGUUUUAAUUUUUUUAGGCUAGUUGGGGUUUCCAUAGCAACUAGGGUUGUUAAUUGGGUCAGCCAGACCUUGUGAGAUGGUUGGGCAUCUGACCUGCGGGCCGCGGCCAGAGACGUGGGGAAGGGGAUUGCCUUAGUUCAGAUAUUGAAAGUGGAUUUUUAUAAACUCUGCUUGUUAAGAGUAGGAGAUUCUGUUGUAUUACUACCUUUUUUUCCCCUGCCUACCCUGGGGCGGAUAGUCGGUCUCCUUGGCCUCAAUACAGCUUUAGAAAAUCUUUAUCCUUCCCAGGUUUGGAUGGUUGUGGGUGACACUUCUCAAACAGUCUUUCAGGGAUCCUGUCAGUGGCCUGCCACCAAGGUAUUUGUCCUCUACUUUGAGUCUCAACUGUGGUUUUUCUCUAAUCCCAGUGGGAAAGGGCUUCACGGCACCACCAGUGUUGUUUAAUAUUAGAACUUAUACAAUGCCUUUAAUUUUAGAUACAGACAUUAAGUAAUCCACUUGGUAAAGGCGGUAUCACUGCCUGAGGAAGGACCGCGACAGCCGUCCCUCAGGUACUGAGGGUACCCUCAGGUGCUCCUGGCCCCGGCCUGUUGAUUCUUCUUUCAAGAUCUCGCCUUUCUCCGGUCUCUCCUCUUGGCCACAACUUUCAAAGAGUCUGCCAGAAGGGUGUCCUCCGGUCCAGCAGGCUUUUGUGAACUGAGCUGACUCCUGGCUGUUUGGGAAAGCUGCUGAGUCUCAGCCGCUCCUCCUCGCGGGGGCACACACCUCCCCAAGCUGCUGCAGAGGCAGCUGCGCUGCCCGCUCUGCUGUGCUUCCCCCCGGGGGGGUGGUGGGGCGCGGUUUGCCACAGUCCCCUGGCCUGAGGCCGGCGAGGACUCCAUCACACCAAAUCCAGGGGUUUGCUUUAAAAGGUCUCAUGAUUCAGGAAAGCUGGAAACUAAGCGGCAUGUUACCCUGCCCCGCCGCCCCCCCCCCCCGGCCCCUAUCUGUGCCACACUUAAUUUUGUGAUUUAGGUUGCUUUCAUGGGUGACUAACUUUGUUCAGUGAAACCAGGGUUUGUUUGAGUUUUUUCUUUGCUACUUAAUAUAUUUAAAGGUACAUGCCUCUUAUUUUAGAUCUCUACUGAUAGUACUCUAUGGGAAGAUGCUGGAACACAUUUUGCAAAUGUGACUUUUUUUUUUUUUUUUUUUUAGUUUUGCUUGAAGCCUGUGUCACAAUGUCAGUUGCUGCUGCCUUCUUUCCUUUUAUGAGGUUCCCAAUGUUUCUUCCAGAAAAUUACUUUAUUUAUGCAAGUCAGGUGACUCUUAGAUCACAAAACCAUUCGAUGAUAAACAGAUGAUCACUAGGUGCAUAUCUUAUUGAUUUUGUGAAAUGUUAUGCCUGUGUUGCAAAAGUUGAAUAGUUUUGUCUUUAUAUAUUGCUGUCUUCAUUGUACAGCAUGGUUUUACUUAAUUGAAUGUUACUGUUUAAUAUUUUCUUCUUAUAGAAGAGACCAUGCCCUUUUGUAUGACAUGUUUUAAUAAAUGUUAU